AGCAUGUGUGAACGAGGCGGCGGCGCGGAGCGGCCAUCCCUGAAACAUCGGGGGUAGGCGAAGUGACACAGCAAUUCCCCCGAUGUAUUUUUAAUUCAUCGGUCUCUUCUGUGAGGAAUUGUCUAAUAUAAGUGCAGUCAUCAUGACAUCGGUUUGGAAGAGACUUCAGCGCGCUGGCAAAAGAGCGUCGAAGUUUCAGUUUGCUGCGUCCUUUAAAGAACUCACCGUAGAGUGCACUAAGAAAUGGCAGCCAGACAAACUGCGAGUGGUUUGGACCAGGCGAAACAGACGCAUCUGCAGCAAGCUUCAUGGCUGGCAGCCAGGUAUCAAGAACCCAUACAGGGGGACUGUGGUUUGGCAGGUUCCUGAGAGCGUGGACAUCACUGUCACUCUUUUCAAGGAUCCAAAUGCAGAUGAAUUUGAGGACAAAGACUGGACCUUCAUCAUAGAAAAUGAAACAAAGGGCCACCGAAAAGUUUUAGCGUCAGUGGAUGUGAACAUGAAGAAGUACGCGAGCGCGACCCCGACUCAGUUUGACCUGGCACUUACACUAAAGCCUCUGUCUGUGAAAGUGUUGGAUGCCACACUUAAACUCACCCUGUCCUGUGUCUUCCUGAAGGAGGGCAAAGCUACUGAUGAAGACAUGCAAAGUCUGGCGAGUCUGAUGAGUUUGAAGCAGUCUGACAUUGGAAACCUGGAGGACUUCAAUGACAGCGAUGAAGAGGAGGACAAAAGAAUGUGUGCAGCAGUGAAAAUGGCCACAGCAGUAAUAGCUCCUCUUCCUCCAGCUAGGAGAAUACAUGACAAGGCUUGGAGACCUGCUGUAGACACAGGUCCCUCUGACACAGCUCAUUCUGAACCGGAGCGGAUGAGCUGUUCCUUCAUUACGCCUAAUGUUCCUCUCCAGUACCGCCCUCUGUCAUACUCCGCUCUUGACCCUUCUGCCCCGCCCCUCUCCACUUCCUGUAUCCAACCCCCCCGUGCUGCCGGCAGUGUCCCGCAGACACGCCCCUCCCCGUACGCCUUCACUGUACCUGCAUUUACACGUGCGCAUCCACCUGCCCUGCCCAAAAUCUUCCAGCCGCCGACAGGCUCAGUUGCUGUAUCUGUCACUCAAAGGCCAUCUGGAGGUCUUGCUAGGUCUGAGUUAUUGGAGAGUAGUCGAUCUGCUGAGGGCGGUGCAGUUCCUCACCAGAGGCCUCUCUCUUUUCUUCCUGGGAUUAGCACACCCUUCUCUCUAUCCUCUGCUCAAUCCUCCUCGUCCCCUCAGCAGACUCCUCUACCUGAUAUAACCCAGAAAGCCACCCAUUCUGCUGCUCGUAGCAGGACCUGGAGACCUCACAGUUUUCCCUCUUCACACUCCUCCCCUUGUGAUUUCGACCCCUCCUCCUUUGAGUUUGGCUCCUCCCCUCAUGGUCCAAUGCCUGUACCUGCACCACGGCCCUCAAAAAUCUAUCGCGCCUCAUUGGCUGAGCCAGGCUCCGCCCUUACAAAACCUACGAGCAUGCCCUCUGCCACUGAGACAGCAUCUUGGCAAAAAGAGUGGAGGCCUCCCAAGCUACACCCUACUCUGUGUCCUGCUCCUCUCACCACUGCGGAGCAUAUUAACCAGCAGCAUCAUCCAGCCUCAGUGACCUCCUCUCCUCCUGCAGAAACCUCUGCUCUAAUGUAUGUCCCCCUUCCUGCAAUGUCUUCAUCCCGUGUGCUUCCUCAACCAAUGGACACCUCUACCAUUACUCUCAAUCCUGCUGUAACAUCUCCCAGUGUGGCUCCUUCCUCUGAGAUGCCCAGCGUUCAGUCAGUCUCUACUUCUUGCUCUCAAACCCUGUCAGCUGCCAUCCGUUCUCCUGCUGCAGCAUCACUGGUUUCUCCCUCCAUUGCUCCUGCUGCUUCAUAGUCCACCCCUUAUCCAUGUGUUUCUGAUGCUCCUCUAAGUUCCAUUCCUGAUGUUAGUCCUGUGGUCAAUGCACCCGUUGUUGCCGAGUCAGAGCCUCUCCCAGAGGUCCAGACGUAUGAAUGGAGACAUCAGGUUGUGCCCACAGUGGUUAGACCUAAUGUGCGCAGGCCAAUAGCCCCUCUUCCUGUAGAUGCCCCUACCUCUCCUUUCUCUUCCUCUCCUUUUAUUCUUCCUUCACCCUCUUCCAUGAUCCCUGACCCCCACAUUUAUACCCAAACUUCCACUGUAGCCCCUGUUAUUGCCUCCAUUUCAGUCCCUUCCACUGACUCACUCACAGAGCAACACAGACAGUUAAGUGUAUUAGCAGAGGAGGAAUGUCCCAAUACAGUGUAUUCUGCUGAUGAGGAUGCAGAUGUUAAGCCAACAGAUGUUCAUCAAACCUAUGAACCCCACCCUCGCAGAGCCGGAGUCAUCAGUAUAGCCAACCAAAGACCAAACAGCAGUAUGGACAAGCAACAGCCUGUUUUUGGACUUGAGGUUUUGCGGCCUGCAAAAGGACCAGAGAGUAUGACCUCUCUGCUGCCCAGUGACCAGAAGUCACCUUCUGUCACUGGUGUCACACAUUUUGAGGUGUCAAAAUCAGAGCUGUCUGAUACAGAUAGAGUACCCACCCACGCAGCCCUCGAAACUGUCCCAGAACCUGCUGCGGCCCCUACAUUCACCGGCCCAUUAACUGAGGUCCAGAUCAAUCAAUCCGAGAAUUCACAGAGCUCUGCUGAGGUGGUCAUAUUACACCCAGCUGCACAUGAGCAGACAGAAGAUGAGAUGAUUCCUCAUAAAGACAAGGCAGAGCCCUUUCGAAGUAGCGUUCAACUAGCAGAAAUGCAAGCGCAAAAGGCCAGCCCAAAAUCUGUUCCACAGCUGCUCUCAAAUACAGAAAUGUCCCAGUCAGAUCACACUGGUGAAGGCACCAAAAGCAUGGCCGCUUUGCUGCCCUCUUGCCCAAAAGAGUCCCAUUCUCCUUGGUCGCCAUCAAUAUUAGCUGACGACAUAACUGAGAAUCAAAUAGGAGACUUUUAUGUAGACAGACUACCUAGGAUGAACCAGGAAGUCUGUGCUCUCCCUGUUUGCAAGAAAGCACAUGAAGGAGAAGAACCCAAUGUCGACAGUUCUCCAUCUGUUCCCAACAUGAUAUAUCUUCUUCCAGCCUGUCCGAGAACUGCUUUUGCACCUGGGAUGCCAUCUAUAACCUUUCAAGACACAAAGUGGCCUUGGGACGAGUCUGUGAAGAUACUGAAAGAGUACAUUCAAAAGGAGAAACCAGAAAGACUUAUUGAAGAUAUGGAUUGCUCAUUGUAUAACCAAAGCACAGUAGAAAAUAUGGUGUCCUUACAGUUAACUUGUCCAAGAACUGCCAGCAUCCCAGGAUUCCCAUCUUUGCCGUUCUGUAUGGUCAGUCUCCUUCCAUUAUGUCCAGAUGUCUCUGUAGUUCCAGGUUUACCUUCAAGAUCUCCAAUCAUUUGCACAGAUGAAACUUGGCCUAAAGAGAAUUUAGUAUUUUAUUUUAGAGAAAUCAAGCAACAGAUUUCGCCAAUGUCCUUAACAAAGGUGGAUUUUGAAACUGCAAGAAAGAUGGUUGCAUUGAGGUCAUCUUGCUCAGCAGCACCCAAGGCUCCAGGAUUUCCAUCUGCUCCAAAACCAGUUGCACCAAGUAUGGUCAGGAUUUCGCCAUGUUGUCCAAAAGUUUCCUGCAUUGCUGGAUUUCCAUCUGCAAAAGUACUUGCCAGUCAAAAUGUCUUCCAACAGUGGCCAUCCAACAAUCAAUCAUCUGUGAUAAUAGCACAAAGGAACCAGUCCAGUUUGCCUCAAGUUGUAAAUAUAUUGAAAGAGGACCAGUUAACAGAGAUGGUGAACUUGGUACCAUCUUGCCCGAGAAAAGCAAGGACUCCUGGUUUUCCAUCUGCACCAAAACAAAAACAACACAUUGCAUUCUGUAUAACAAAACUUCUACCUUUAUGUCCAACAGCCUCUUGUGUCACUGGAAUUUCAGCUAUACAAAUUCUUACAAGCACAUCAGAUUCACUUAAGGAGUGGCCAAAGGAUAUUAAACCGUUUUGGAUGAAGACACUAGCAUCUCAGACAUGUCAUUUAAUCUGUCCAUGUCCAGCUCAGUAUGAAGUUGCAGAAAACAAUAUGUUGUCAAUGAUACCAUCAUGCCCAAGAAAAGCAAGAACACCUGGAUUUCCUUCGUCACCGUGGCUCAUCCCUGAAACACAAAUAACGUCUGGUACUCUAUCAAUAUGCCCAUGGACAGCUAAAACGCCAGGCUUUCCCUCUUUAGUCCCAAGCCAAAUUGAUAAGGAUUUCAUAGAUAAUUGGCCCUUUAAGGAGAAAGCUUUUUGUAUGAGGUGUCCGCCAAUGUACACAUCUGACAAGUUAGACAUUGCUCAUCAGGACAAAGAGAGUUUUAAAGGAAUGUAUUCUAUUUUGCCAAGUUGUCCAGUGAAAGCAAGUGUUCCUGGCUUUCCAUCUGCACCAAAACCCAAAUUAAUGGUUUAUCUUUUCCAUUCUUGCCCAACAGUCUCAAAUGUACCUGGGAUGCUAUCGAGCAUAAUAUCUGAAGAGAAAUUACAGUGGCCUGUAAAUGAAAUGCCACUAUGGGUUAAACAAUUAAGCAGAAAGUGUCAGUCCAUACAUGCUGUUCCAACUCAGUACAGAGAAAUAAAGGAUAACGCCAUCAUUAAGGAAAUGGUAGCUAUGCGCCCAACUUGUGCAAUCAGUGCUAAAUUGCCUGGCUUCCCAUCCGCUCCGAGAAAAAAAACUGAGAAGAAAACACCAGAUAUGGUCUCCCUCAUGCCAUCUUGUCCACAUUUUACAAAGGUAUUAGGUAUGCCAUCUGUUGAGUUGGGAAAUGAAGCAUUAGAUUCAAGUGCAUGGCCUCUGGAUGCAAAGCAACUGUACAAGAGGACCUCAAAGGAUGAGUCCGACAUGGGGUGUUCUUCCUUAAUAAACUUGAAUCAAACAUAUGACGACCAUCUGAAUUUUUACAUAGAAAACAUGGCUAUGAUUAUGCCAGCCUGUGCAAAGCAAUCCAAUGUCCCUGGCUUUCCAUCCACAUAUUCAGAAUCUCCACAUAUUCUUUAUCAUGCCAAUAAUAGCCGGAAGUCACCAGAAGAUGUUGGCCGUAAACAAGAAACUUCAGCUGUGCUUGGUUCAGCAGACACGGAGAUAGACCUGUCCAGUGCAAACGAUUCUGACAAUAGUUUUACAUUAGAGAAGACCAAGGACAAUGUGAACUUUUGGGCAAGAUGUGAGGAAGGACAAAAGGGAAUUCUGGAGAGGGGGAAAAUGCAUUGCAGAAUGUGGCACUCCAUACCAGACAUGCCACUAUUACUGACUGUUGAGGAGAGAUGUCAAAGCAUAUGUGCUCAGAUUCCACCUUCUGAGAAUUACAGAGACCCUCUGAUUGAAAAUGAUGACGUGGAUCAAGGUGUAUUAUGGGCAUCGCAAGACAGACCAGAACAGUUUGCUGAAGGUUUUAAGAAAAAAGAAGAGAAUACAGAAGAUCCCAAUAGUCUGGUCCUUUUAACAGCUGAAGAUCGGCCUACAGGAGUGCAACAAGAGUGUGUACCAAACAUGGUAGAUCUUCUUCCAUCAUGUCCUCUGUUCUCAAGAGUUUUUGGAUGUCCAUCAACAGCGCUGUCUAGAAUAUGCAAAACAGACAUAAUCAACUGGCCUACUGAUUUGAGUAUAAUUUGGGAUGAGCCACAUAAAUCAACAAAAAAUAUUUUGUUAAUGCCAAACUUGGAAACAUCCCCCAAUGAGGCAAAUAUGGUGUCCCUGUCUUGCACAUGUCCAAAUAAAACAAGAAUUCCUGGCUUUCCAUCUGCUAAGAGACCCACAGAGGCCCCAUGUAUGUCUUUUCCAGAAACAUCCAUUGUUGUUGACACUUCUUCACAGACCCCAAUUCCAGAGGAAAAGCAUCAUGAGGAGUGGCUGAGCAUGGAAACAUCAUUAUUGGAAGAACAUCCUAAAACAAAGCCAAUGUUACACAUUGAAAGACCAGUUGAGUAUUCAGAGAUGCCUGUAAUGAAGGUGGCCACAGUUCCAUCUUCAAAACUUGUUCCUGAUUUCACAUCUGCACCAAAGAGUGGAGAAAUACUUCUUCAGUCAUGUGAAGAAUUAAGUCUUCAAGAGUCUACAAUUGCUGAGUCAGAACUAAGGGAUGAUUCCAAGCCUGCAAAUGAGAUGUUGACCUUUGUAUCUGAAAAUGCUGCACAAAUGCCAGAUUCUAUCCCUGAACCCCAAGCAGAGCCAAAUAGGUUGGAGCUCUUUCCAUCCUGUCCAGUGCUUUCUACAAUCCCUGGAUGUCCUUCUCUAAGGGUCUAUGAAGGCAUGGAGUGCAUUGGUGAUCAAACAAUAAUCUUUUGCAAUUUAUUGAAAGAUAGACAGACUGGUAUUUUUGACCCCAUUAAAGAUGAAAAAGACUCCCAGAUUAUAGCUCUGGCACCAUCAUGCCCGAAAGCAUCAUGUAUUCCAGGCUUUCCAUCUAGACCACAUCGUAAAUCACAGAUGGAACCAAACAUGCAAAACAUUUGUCUCUCUUGCCCAAAGAUUUCACAUAUAGCUGGUUGUCCGAGCAUCCAGAUCCCUAAGAUGUCCAAUUGGCCUUUGAGUACAGUCAUUUUGUGGUCAAAUCCAUUUAAGAAACUGCCUGUUGUUUUGGACAUGGACAAGAUAUGCAAAGAAAACAGUCAUAGAAUGUUUGCUUUGGCACCUACAUGUCCAUCAGUGGUCUGUGUUCCAGGUUUUCCAGCUGUGCCUGAACCAAUAAUGCUACGCAUGCUUCCCACUUGCCCGGAGAAGUCUAAUGUUAUAGGAGUUUCUUCUAAAAGAGAUAAUUUAGAUUGGUCUGUUGAAAAGGAAACAUUGUGCAAUGCAUCUUUUAAAAAGCAACCUGUUGUUUUUAUUGACAGAGUAGAUUGGCUCAGUGAAUUAACUAAAAUAAUGUUUGCAUUGGCUCCAACCUGUCCACCAAUGGCAAGAAUACCAGGAUUCCCAUAUGCACCUAAGCGCAAAGCUACACUUCCUCUCAGUAUGGUUGAUCUUCAUCAGUGCUUUCCGAAGACUUCAAGAAUCAUGGGAUUCUCAUCAAGUGACAGAAUAAACACAGGAACAUGGUUUGAAGAUGAAACGCCGCUGUUGGAGAGGCCGCUGAGACCAAGAUCAGAGCUGCUUGUCCAGUUUAAUUUCACAACUCCGUAUGAAGAAAUAGACAAAUAUAUUUUGCAGAGGAUGUUUGCACUAGUACCCACCUGCCCAAGAGAAGCUUGCAUACCUGGUUUCCCCUCUCUACCUCAGGUUAAAGUGGAGGGUUUCUAUCUCCAUAAAGAACCAGAUGUAGUCAGCAUUUUGCACUCUUGUCCAAUGGUUUCUUUUAUUGUAGGUGUUCCUACAGUAAAAUCUGUGCCCAUAAAAGAGUCUCAAGAAAGCAUAUGGUCCACUCAGAAGCCCAUAUGGGUUAAACCUCUUAAAGAAAGAUUGGUUUUGUCUUUAAGUUAUACAAAGGAUAAUGAAGAAUAUUCAAAAACCAUGUUCUUGCUUGCCCCUACCUGCCCUAAUAAUGCCAGCAAUUAUGGGUUUCCAUGCUCAGAAAGACUUAAAGAAGAGUGUACAAAAACAACCGUCUUCCCAGCUUCUCCAGAGGCUCCAUUCUCUGCAACCGAUGAAACAGAUUUCAGUAACCUGUUCACUGAAGUGCCAUGUUCCCCAGUUGAAACAAGGCUUCCUGAUUUCCCAGAUGCUUCUACAUAUGCAAUUUCUCCAUCAAGUCCAACCCAAGAACACACCGAAUUUGAAGCAACAUUUACCCAAUACAUAGAAUCAGAAAGAAAUCAAACACUGGAUAUAACAGGGCCUGAUAAUUCUAAAGAAAUAGGAAGUUUUCAUGAGAUUCCCUUGGCUGAAGGUAUUGAAAACCAUGAGGAGGAAGAGCAACAUGUCGGGGAGCAGUCUGCAAGUAAAAGUAAUGAUACUGCAGAGUCUGGAGAGACUACUAUAGCGUUAGGAUGGGAAGUUUUGGAGGCAGAUGAUACUUCCACUGAAAAAGAAGGAUCUUCUGGUCUUGUUAAGACUAUAGUUGAUGUUUUUCACAGAGGUUAUGAGACCGUUGCAGCAAUAUUGCAGCCCUCUAUCUCUGAAUCGGUCAUGGACACGCACACUUUAGAUCCUCUCGACAGUCUUUCAUCCUCUGUGGAUCUCGAGGACAGCAGCACUCGCAUGGCCACUGGAUGCGAUCAUUCAUUGGAGGCACUCGCAGAGGCAGCGGAGUCUGAGGUGUUUGAUUCUGCUGAAUCCUACAUGUGGCGUUUGGUUAGUGGUUGUUCAGAAACAUCGCUGUCAUCAAAAGAGACUGAAAGCUGGUUUGUUGAAGAUGAAGAAUUCUGCCUAAUGAGGAAGUGGCCCCCUUUAACGGACGCUGACCUGCAUGAGAUAACUAAAGAGGAGGAGGACAAAACAGAUGUCGACUCUUUGAUACAGGAGUGUACAACUUCUGUUCAAGAGGAAGCUGGUAAUGAGAUUGUGACAGAAUGUAAAAUGUUGAAGGAUGAGCUGUCAGCAACAAAAUUUCCAGAGGACGGGCCACAACAUCAUUUUGUCCAAGAAGUAUCUCUUUUCAUCCAACGGACUAAGGACGAAUUGCUGGAUGAAGAGAAACCACCUAUGUCCUUACUGUCUUCAAAAAAUUCUCAUAACCCAAGAACUGUCACAGAACAGACCAUUUCAUGUUCAAAAGAACUUGUGCCACCAAGAAGGACUAAGAAGCAAGACAUUCUUCAAGAGACAUUCACGUUAUCAACAUCAAUUUCCAAUCCAGCUAAGCCAACUGCUCAGAGCGACAACUUCUGUGUCAUAAAACAAACUGAUCAUUAUUCUCAGAAUACAUCACAUAAUGUACAGCCAGGUAGAGCACUCACUUCAGCUACGACAGAUUAUGGUACAUCUUUAGAAACAGAUCGCUUGAUGAAUAUACCUGUCCCACUGACAAGUGCUUCUUUUCCUGAAAAUGUGGUAAAAUUAUCCAAAAUUGAGAUUUGUUCAACAGAACCCAAAGAGAACCCAACACCCAAAGAAAUGAUAGCAUCAUGUCAGAGCAACAGUGGAGAAAAUGUUCCCCUAAUGCCUCAGAAAGACACAGUCAAACAAUUACGUGCUCCUCAGAGGCGGAAGAGUAAAGCUCAAACCAGCAAAGGUGAUGAAGCCAGUGGAGAGUUUGAAGAAAAGAGCACACUGUCUACUGUCAUCACAAAUAUGUCUCAGUCUGAAGACACAAGAAAGACUCAAGCUGGUGAUCAAUUGAACGUGAAAGAUCAGGUACAACUGGAUUUGAAUGUUCCUGAGGUGUUGGAAGUGAAAAUGCAAAUCAAAUGCACUGAUCUUCCAGUCCCAAUGCCACGUGUGAAGAAACGUCUCAGUGGAUCUUUUACAGAUGAUAUUCCUUCUCCUUCAUCCACCCCUCUAUCUGAAGCAGAUCCAGAUAACAUUGUUCUUCAAACAGAAGACCAUCAAGAUUCAAGUCUGCCAGUCCCAAUGCCACGUUCAAAAAAAUGUCUCAGUGGUUCUUUUCCAGAUGAUCUUCCAGCUCCUUCAUCCAGCCCUUCCUCUAAAGCAGAUUCAGACAACAUUUUUCCAGUCCCUGUGCCACGUGUGAAGAAACGUCUCAGUGGUUCUUUUCCAGAUUUUCUUCCAGCCCCUUCAUCAACCCCUCCAUCUCAAGCAGGUUCAGACAACAUUGUUCUCCAAACAGAAGACCAUCAAGAUUCAAGUCUGCCAGUGCCAAUGCCACGUGUGAAGAAACGUCUCAGUGGUUCUUUUCCAGAUUUUCUUCCAGCCCCUUCAUCAACCCCUCCAUCUCAAGCAGUGCCACAUGUGAAGAAACGUCUCAGUGGUUCUUUUCCAGAUGAUCUUCCAGCCCCUUCAUCCAGCCCUUCCUCUCAAGCAGAUUCAGACAACGUUUUUCUCCAAACAGAAGACCAUCAAGAUUCAAGUAUUCCAGUCCCCCCAAGUCUGCCAGUGCCAAUGCCACGUGUAAAGAAACGUCUCAGUGGUUCUUUUCCAGAUGAUCUCACUGUUCCCUCAAGUUGUCCACCACCUCCAGUAGAUUUACUUGACAUAGGAGUCCUUGAGGGAGGACCAAUUGAAACAAGCAUGACCGUCCCGAUUCCCCGCUCAGAGAAACUCAGUGACAAGUUCUCUGAUGAGAACCUUCCAAGCUUACCUCAAGAUUCUUACUCUGCAGUCUCAGAAGAAGGCAAGCUUCCUAUCUCAGAAAAUGAACAAUGUUCUGUUGAAGUGGCUACACAGGUGAGGGCAGAAGCAGGGAUACAGAGUAUUGAGGAUUCUACCACCUCAAGUGCCAAUGAAGUAGAGCUAAACAGAAAAAGCCUGGAUGAGUCUUGUUUAGAACCUGUUGAGCAGAUAGAAACUGAUGUGACAGAUAUCAGUGAAAAACCCAAGACUGGUGCUCCACUUGGUGAGCAUUGUGAGGACAAAGGGGGAACAGAGCAACAAAUGGAAAAAUAUACAAGUAUUGAGGAAGACAUGAAUGCUGUGCAUUCUGGAGAUGCUGAGGUUGUAGAUGACACAGGUGUUAUCUUAGAUGUGUGUAGACAAGCAGCAGCUGAAGAUUCCUCCAGUCUUCCUGUGCCAAUGCCUCGCGUGAAGAAACGUUUAAGUGCCUCUUUCCCAGAAGACGUCUCCAUUCCCAGUUCCUCAUCAGCCAGUCAAAGUGAGGUUUCAGAAAAGCCCAAUAAUGAGCCCACAGUUCCUGUUUGUAAUAAACGAAGAGCUGCAGCAGAUGCCAUAGACCUUCAGGGAAGUUCCACAGCUCACACAUCACCAACCAAAGAAACAGAGAUUGCGACCUUGGUGAAUUCAAGUCAGUCUCUGUUGGAAUGGUGCCAAAAGGUCACACAAGGUUGCAAAGGCGUCCGGAUAUCAAAUUUCAGCACCUCAUGGAGAAACGGCCUCGCUUUCUGUGCCAUCCUGCAUCACUUCCAUCCAGAUAAAGUGAAUUAUGAAAUGCUGGAUCCAUAUGACAUUAAACGCAACAACAAGAAGGCGUUUGAUGGCUUUGCUGAACUGGGCAUCUCUAGGUUGAUAGAGCCCUCUGACAUGGUGCUGCUGGCAGUGCCUGACAGGCUCAUCGUGAUGACGUAUCUCAACCAGAUCCGCACCUAUUUCACGGGCCAGGAGCUCAGUGUCAUACAGAUCGAGAAGAACAGCAGCGAGUCCAGUUACGCUGUUGGUGAGAAGAGGGAGGAAGCCGACCCUGAAGCCGCUGUUCGCUACUGUGCCGAAAGGCUCCAGAGCAGCGGCAUCACUCUAGAGACCAAUGGAAGCUUCCCUGAAAAGGAAGUCAAGGGAGGUGCUGGUGUUUUGGUGCCACCUCCAAGAACAAAGCGAGUGCAGGGCCCAAGCCAGGCUGGAGGAUCAGGGGCCACUCAGCCUCCAGUGGCACCACCCAGAAAGGCUUUUUCUCAUCUCAAGGAUGCAGAUCUUGUUAAAAAGCGCAGAUCGAAGCUGCGGGGAGAGUCACUGGAUGAGCCUGAACCACACGAACAGCAGAGUGGUACAGAGGCUGCAUCAGUCCAAGCAGAAAGUGAAGCAGCCAAAGGAGGUUCAGAGUCACAAAAUGUAGAGAAUGUUGAAGAGGCCACUGCAGGAGGGAAUCAGGAUGGCAGCCAAUAUGUACAUAGUGAGAUGCAGGCGCUGGAGGCUGAACAGAAUCAGAUAGAUCGCAGAGCAGACAUUGUGGAGAGGAAACUGAGAAGACUUUUGGAAUCUGGUAGUGAUCGUGUAGAAGAAGAGACACUGAUUCAGGAGUGGUUUACCCUGGUCAACAAGAAGAACGCUUUGAUCAGGAGACAAGACCAUCUGCAGUCACUACAAGAAGAGCAAGAUUUGGAGAGGAGGUUUGAGCUGCUAAAGAAAGAGCUUCAAGAUUUAAUGGCUGUGGAAGAAUGGAAGAAAACCCAGGCCCAUAAAACCAGAGAGCAGCUGUUGUUGCAGGAGCUGGUGUCUUUAGUCAACCAGAGAGACGAGCUUGUGCAUGAUAUAGACGCCAAAGAGAGAGGGGCUCUUGAAGAGGACGAGAGGUUGGAGAGAGGACUAGAAAUGAGGCGCAGGAAAUAUGGAAGUCGGAAAGAGAAGUGUGUGUUACAGUGAGGUCCUCUAGAUUCUGUGCACCUGCUUUUAUACAGGACCGUCCCGUUAAACACUGUGCUGAUGGACUAGUGAGGUGUGUGUGUGGACCAUAUCACAACAAAUGACGAGGAGAUUGUGACUAGAUGAAUUCUCAGUCCUCAUGUUAAAAAGUUUGAGCAGCAUGAAUGCUAAUUUCAGGGUGGAUUAAAAGCGGUCUUCUUUUAGAGACAUUUUUAGUUUCAGAACAUUUGUCUGAAAAAGUGAAAUAGACAGUUGUAAUGGUCAGUUCUUGUUUUACAUUUUCAGUAAAAAUAAUAUACAUGUGGCCUUUGCAGUGUUAUUACCUAAGUUACCUUGUUUGUACAAGUUGGUUGCUGCAGUGAUUUUAAGGUAUCUCAAAGAUAUGUAAAAUAGUACAGUAUAAGUUUUCAGAGUAUGAAAGAAGGAGCAUUCAGUUUUAAAUGACACUGCUGUGUUACAAGGAGAUUAUGUUGUGUUAUGCAACCUAACAAGCAGACAAAACAGCACAAAAGCAUGGGAGAAAAUAAACAUUUUGCACAAAAUUUCUCCAUUAAGGCACCCUUUUAGUUAUGGAUAUCAUUUGCACAAUAUGAUUCCAAUGAUGCUUCUCCAAGUACUGUUACAGUGGUUGCCUGUUCUGUUUGAAGAGCCCUGAUUUAAUGGCCAUGCUCACACAGCAGCAGAAUAGUUGUCAGUCCUGUAUUUGAGUCCUUAAUACGGUUACGUUCACACACAGUGCUGUUAUUUAGAGUGUUCUGUGCGCGACUAAAAUGCUCCGCUCUCCACCCAAAUAUAAAAGCUGCUGUCAGUUAAUGAUGAUUUGAUGAAUGAACUUGUGGCUCGAUUGGACUCUUGUCGUGUCAGAAAGUGAUAACACUUUCAGUUUUAUGGACAUCGCCAUUUUUUAUAUUUCUUUGGUCACUGUCACUAUGGUAACUGGUAAGGAAUACGGGUUUGACUCCCACUGCACAUUCAUACAGACAGUAUCCGAGAAGCUACUGUAAGUUGCUGUGUGAAUGUGACAUUUCGAGACUCACACCUGUUAGUAAAUGUGGUUGUCAAUCCCAAAAACUGACAGUGUGAACGUAGCCAAUAUCACAGAACAUGGAAAAUGCAUAGAAUCUGUCAAAUAGAGUAUGCGCAUGAACUUUGAGUGUUAGCAUUUUAUUUUUAAAUAUCUGAUUGAAAAAAAAAUUGUAUUGUAUUUAUAUAACAUCAUCUUUCAUCCAUGUAAGGGACUCAACUCUUUGAUUUGAUAUUAUCUUUGGCCCUGUUUACACUGUUUGAAAUGUCAUUAUUUGACAGUGAAUUGUUUUUGGAAAGUCCUGAUGUCAGCUAACACACUACAGCUGACACG